AUGGAUCUUAAAGACGUUCCUCAAGAGAUGAAGGCCAUUCAAGUGGUCGAGUUUGACAAACCAUACAAGAUCAACACCGUUCCUGUACCCAAAGAUCUUGCUCCUGAGGACAUUUUGGUCAAGAUCGGUGUCGCGUCAAACUGCCAUACAGAUUCCAUGGUACAGCACGGCACGUUCGGAACCAAACUUCCUGUGACAGCUUCGCACGAAGGUGCUGGCACUGUAGUUGCAGUUGGAAGUUCUGUCAAGAACUUCAAGCUNCGAGACCGUGUCAUGUGUGGACUUCCUUACCAUCCUUGUGGCCACUGCCAGGACUGCUAUGGACCGGAGACAUGGCGGCAAUACUGUACCAACAUCGCAGGACACUCUGGCGUGCACAGGAACGGGUUCUUCGCCGAGUAUGCACUUGUGGAUUCCAGAAGCUCAACCCCUAUUCCAGACGAGGUCACGCUUGAGAGUGCAGCACCGCUUGCAUGUGCAGGGAGAACAAUCUGGAGAGGCGUGUUAGAGGCCAACCUCAAAAGCGGGGAGUGGAUUGCCCUGGUCGGUUCUGGAGGCGGUCUAGGCCAUCUGGGCAUCCAAUUCGCAAAAGCGCUCGGCCUCAACGUGGUUGGUAUCGACGCCAGAGACGAAGGGCUCGCCAUGUCCAAGGAGAAUGGCGCAGAUGUGGUUGUCGAUGCACGCGAAGGAAAAGACAGUGUGGUUGCAGCCGUUACUGGAGGAGCCGGUGUCGAUGCGUCAAUAACCCUGAGCGAUGCUGACGAUGCUGCUGGACUGGCUUGCGCAUUGACUAAGAUGCACGGUACUAUGGUACAGAUCGCACAGCCGGACAAUGUCACCAUUCCCUUCGCGGAAUUUGUUUUCCGCGAUAUCAGAGUUAAAGGCUCUUUGCUCUGUUCACCAGAGCAGAGUGUAAGCAUGCUCGAGUUCGUCGCAAAGCACGGCAUCAAAGUAAAGACCAACCCAUUCCACGGUCUCGAUAAGAUUGAAGAAUUGGUUGAUCUGGUCCAUGGAGGAAAGAUCCAAGGCAAAGCGAUUAUUGUGGUUGACAAGGAACAGAUCAAGAAGGAAAAGGAACUGGGAGCUAAAUUUUGA